CUGGCAACCCUGACUCCAUUAGUAGUCUGACUGACCGGUGUUGGAUGCUGGUGAUUUCUCUGUGAAUAUCUACAUUCAAAUAUCAAAACGUCUUACGCAAUGAGGUAAUUUCAUGCAUUUGAUAAAACCGUAAUGUUGGAUUAUAUUUAUACAGUAUCCAAUUGUAAAAUAUGGAAUUUAAAAGGGUGGUUUAGAGGAGGGUGCAUUAGCUAGCUAACAUGUAGCCAUCUUUGUUAGCCAGGUGGCCUGUAGCGUAGCUUAUCUAAUAACAAACUAACUAGCUAGCUACCUAUCUACAGAGCAAUCCAUCAACUAUCUUGCUAAUGUAUGAUUAGCUAGCUAGCUAAAUAUGCAUUGUUUUUGUCUUAGUAAAAUGAAUGGACGAAUGAAUGAACAGUCAAUAGCUAGCCCCGUUAUCCAUGCUAUGCUAUAGAAUCAGCAAGCUAUCUAGCUGCUGCUGCUUCUUCAGCAAAUUAGUUAAUGCGGUAAUUGGUAUCACCCAACUAACUAAUGUAUUGCUAAUGUAAUCAAUUUUAGAGGCGAUAGGGGCAGGGGCCGUGGUGGCCGGUUCGGCUCGCGUGGAGGACUGGUGCAAGGGUGAGUAGCUAGCUAGCCAGUUGCUAGCAUAAUAAUGUUGCCUUGUCUUUCAUUCUUCUAGCCAGAUGAGCCUUGGCUUUACUUUGAUGUGGGAGAUCACUUCAAAUUGAGCAUGCCUGCUUUUAGUUUUGUGUGAUGCCAUAAUGGUUGAUUUACUAUGCCCGCAACUGUAAAGUUAACCAGUCCAACUUAUGAUUUAGGCAUAUAAGAUUAAAAAUUCAUGAGGUAACUUUGCCAACUGAAAUUCAUAGAAGAAUGUCUGGUACAAUAUAAAAUGCAUCAAUGUUUCUUGGUCGCUUGUUUCAGGUAUCGGCCAUUUGUCCCCCACAUUCCCUUUGACUUCUAUGUGGUAAGUAUUUGCUACUUUAUGCCAAGCAUCCUUCCCAUAUACAUUAGCUCUUGCCUCAAUGGUUAUGUUGAAGAGAGCAUGUUAGUGGUGGGAGUCACAGUACAGACAGAUUAGAAUCAAUGGAGAUCAGCUCACCUACUCAUACACAAUGGUCUAAUGUUCUAGUCGAAAUGACCGGGAUGUUGUCAAAGUAAUACAGUAGCGCAGAUAGGGAUGUCGAGUGGACAGUGCUAAACUGGCUCUCUGGUUACCUCAGUGUGAGAUGGCCUUCCCCCGAGUGAAGCCGGCAGCGGAUGAGACUGCCUUCAGCGAGUGUCUACUGAAGAGGAACCAGGACCUCAGCCCCACACCCGCAGAGCAGGUGGCGAACACACACACAAACCUUCUCUCUCACUCAAACAUUCAACACACUACACUCUCACUCGGUCAUCCUCACUCAAACCACGCUCGCUGGAUCUUUUCACUCAAACUCUUGUAUGCACACACCAGCAUAUUCCUUUAGGUUAUGUGUUAAACAACACACUCCUACACUGCCACCAUAUAAUUCUUUCCAUUGACUACAUGCAAACUCUCUGCUCCCCCUUUCAGUCCUCUAUCUUGUCCCUGGUCACCAAGAUCAACAACGUCAUCGACAACCUCAUCGUCGCCCCUGGCAACUUUGAAGUGGUGAGUUCCAGACCUCGUAAGAGAUUAACGUGCCAAAAUGUAUAUGUAUCUCGGAUAACAUAUUUAGCCAUGUCUCAUUCCAGCAAAUUGAAGAGGUGCGUCAGGUGGGCUCAUACAAGAAAGGCACCAUGACAACGGGACACAACGUUGCUGACCUGGUGGUCAUCCUCAAGAUCUUGCCCACACGUGAGUUAUGUGUGUCUGUGUCCCAACAAAGCAAAGCGACUUUCAGGAGCAAUUAGGGUUAAGUGCCUUGCUCACCUAGUCGGCUUGGGGUUUCGAACAAGCAACCUUUCGAAUACUGGCCUAACACUCUUAACCGCUAGGCUAACUGCCGCCCUAAUACAAAUCAGUCCUCAUCCUGGACUGUAUUUCCCAGAACAGCCAUUUUGAAAUAGUCUCCAUUGGUUGUACUGAACCCCCAUAAUGAAAGUUGUCUCUCUUGCAGUGGAGGCUGUCGCGGCACUCGGCAACAAAGUGGUGGAGACCCUUCGCACACAAGACCCUGCUGAAGGUGACCUACAGUGGGCUCCAAAAUUACUGGCACCCCUGACUGGCAAUGCACAAACAAUACUUUAAAAAUAUAAACAAUAUAACUAUAGAGAGGAACUCAAAAUACCAACAUAUGAGAAAUACUGUACUUUAUUAAUGUUUCAAUGGAACCAACCAAAAUCAUACAAUUAUUUAAUGCAAAAUAAAUGUCACCAAAAUCAAGGUUUCAUAAUUAUUGGCACUCCUCAUUUAGUACUUAGUGCAACCACCUCUGUCAAGGAUAACAGCAUGGAGUCUUUUCCUGUAAUGUUUGACAAGGUUGAGGAACACAUUUGGAGGGAUUUUGGACCAUUCCUCUAUGCAGAUCCUUUCAAGAUCCUUCACAUUCUUGGAUUUGCGCUUAUCAACUGCCCUCUUCAACUCAGCCCACAGAUUUUUGAUUGGAUUGAGGUCCGGCGACUGACAUGGCCAUGGCAGAACAUUGAUUUUGUUGUCACAGAACCAUUUCUGUGUGGAUCUUGAGGUAUGUUUUGGGUCGUUGUCUUGUUGGAAAGUCCACCUACGGCCAAGUCCCAGCCUUCUGGCAGAGGCAACCAGAUUAUUAGCCAAAAUUGCCUGAUACUUGGUGGAAUUCAUUAUGCCAUCAAUCCUAACCAGUGCCCCUGGACCUCUGGAAUUAAAACGGCCCCAAAACAUCACUGACCCACCACCAUAUUUCACCGUGGGUAUGAGGUGCCUCUCCUUGUAUGCAUCUCUGUUUCGACGCCAAACAUGGCGAUGCUGUAUCUGACCAAAACGUUCAAUUUUGGUCUCAUCUGACCAGAGCACCUUCUUCCAGUCAUAAUUUUAAAUGACGUUUGGCAAACUCCAAGCGCUUGCGUCUUUGUCUUGGGGUCAGAAAGGGCUUUCUUCUGGCAACCCUUACAAAGAGCCUGAGGUUGUGAAGGUGGCAUCUGAUGGUGCUUUUUAAAACCUGGUGACCCCAAGAUGCCACCAAGGCCUGCAAUUCUUUCACAGUGAUUCUUGGGGAUUUUGUAGCUAACCUCACCAUCCUCCUCCCUAUCCUGGGUGGCAAAAUGCAUUUGCAUCCUCUACCCGUGAGGUUUUCAACUGCUCCAUAUCUUUAAAUUUUUUAAUAAUUGCCCUGACAGUGCUCAGUGGUAUAUUCAAUCGUUUGUGGAUCUUCUUGUAGCCAUUACCAGAUUUAUGAAGGUCUGCGACCAUCUGUCUCUUUUGAACUGCCAGUUCUUUUGUUUUCUUCAUGGUGUUGGAUGACAAAGGGAUAUUGCAUGCAUGUUACCUCAUUUUUAUACCCUAGUGAAACAGAAAGUGAUGCAAUGGCUCAAUAUAGUUCCUUAAGACUUAGAUAAACUUAAAUAAGUGGAAUUUAAUUCCUGGUUUAAUUUUGGUAGAUGUUAUUUACAAUAAUCUUUAAGGGUGCUAUUAAUUGUGAAACCUUGAUUUGCAGGACAUUGAUUUUUAAUUAAAUCAAUAAAUUAUUUUGGUGGGUUCCAUUGGAACAUUAAUAUAGUACAGUAUUUCUCAUAUGUUGGUAUUUUGAGUUUCUCUAUAAUUAUAUAUUUUUUAAAGUAUUGUUUGUUCAUUGCCAGUCAGGUGUGGCAGUAAUUUUGGAGGCCACUGUAUAUUACACAAUUGCAGUUUUCAUGUAGCCACAUUGCAACAUAAGUCACUGAAGUUAGAUUUAGCUUUCAAUAGCAUCAAUUCUACUCCUAUUUAGCUUUUGAUUUAUCGUGCCAUGUUGUUUAGUGUUAAAUUCAUACAAAAGUGUAAAUACAAGGAUAAUGUAGGCAUGCUGGGUUAUAGGAUACAGGGUAUUCUUGAUCUUCAGUGGUUAUGAUCUAAUGUUGCCAACGGACUCUCUCUCUUUGUCCUAGUUCUCUCCAUGCUGACCAAUGAGACAGGUUUUGAGAUCAGCUCUGCCGAUGCCACAGUGAAAAUCCUCAUCACCACCGUUCCCCCCAACCUGCGCAAGCUGGACCCCGAACUGCACUGUAUGUACAUUCAGACACACACACACUACAAUGUGAUAGAAUGUUAACAUGAGCUGCCCCUGAAAAUACUCCUAGCCCCAAGUCUGUCGCAACAGAGCCCCGUGUAGCUCAGUUGGUAGAGCAUGGCGCUUGCAACGCCAGGGUUGUGGGUUCGAUUCCCACGGGGGGCCAGUAUGAAAAAUAAAUAAAAAUGUAUGCACUCACUAACUGUAAGUCGCUCUGGAUAAGAGUGUCUGCUAAAUGACUAAAAUGUCAAAUGUAAUAACUACAGUCAUAGAUCUACAUAAAAAGAAGUCAAAACACUCACAUAGAUGCGCUGUGAUUGGCACAAAGCUCUGCAUCCAUUCAUUGUAGACUGGAGGCAGCGUGUGUGUGUGUUUUUAAUGUAGAUUUAUUAUCUGGUGCUGAAAGUGGUUAUAAUGGUGUUGGUGAUAUGGUCUCUUUCUCCCCAGUGGACAUCAAGGUGCUGCAGAGUGCUCUGGCCGCCAUCCGCCAUGCCCGCUGGUUUGAGGAGAACGCCUCCCAAUCUACGUAAGACACCUUUUACCCUUAAAACCAUAAACCUUUUGGUCUUUUACCUCUCACCCCGUUUACCCUCCCAAACCGAUAUCUCCUCAGAAUGUUCCAAAUUAUGUAAUAGGUCCUCCGUGUCCUUUUAUUUGUUUAACCUUUCACUUUUCACAUCCACAAUAUUUCUCACAAGUAAAGGAAGAAUAUAUGUUUUAUCCUAAAUGUUUCAGCCAUAAUGACUUUUGUCUUGAUAAAGACUGUCUCCCUUUAUUAUCCUGUGUAUAUUUUAAAUGGCAAUACAGCACAGCGCCGACUAACCUAACUUCUUAAAAGUGUUUAACUCAUGUCCUGGUUAUUGUUGUUGUUUAGGGUGAAAGUGCUGAUUCGCCUGCUGAAGGAUCUGAGGGUGCGUUUCCCCGGGUUCGAACCUCUCACUCCCUGGAUCCUGGAUCUACUGGUGAGUCCGUUAUACUGGAUAUACUGGUUUGGCCACUACAUCCACCAUUAUUACAACUCAAUACUUAACAUGUGAUACUAGUAAGCCUACUGCAUUCAUCAUAGUUAUGCUAAUGUUCAGUUAUAGUGGAUAUACUGGUGGGGACACUACAUCUACCAUUAACACAACUACUGGUAAACCAUUAGCAUGUUAUACUGGUGAACCUUGGCACCUGGAGAGGAAUGAUAAUAGAUGAUUUAGCUCUUCGUUUGUUGUGAAUUACCACACACAGAGCAAGUCACCUGGCUAAUAUGUUAUGUUUUGGGUGAUUCUCUGUCUUUGCUAUUGUAUUGUUCCUAACUGAAAGCUUGUAUCGCAUCACUGCGUAUCUAAAGGAGGAAUGAAUAAGAAAUUGAAAGCAUUUCAUGUUUCUUCUCAGGGUCAUUCUGCGGUCAUGAACAACCCAUCCAGGCAGCCCCUGUCACUCAAUGUGGCUUACAGGUGAGCCUCCCCAUUUCCUCAGUCAGUGCUCCAUCUAUCUGAUGUAGUUUUCUUACGACUUACUAUUAGAUAUAGUUAUUUUUCUGUUAUACAUGUAUUUCUUACCACAUACCACUGUCAUUUUCUACUAUUUGUAUUGGACACCAGUCUUUCCCUAAGUGUAAGCACCUAGUUUUUCAACUGUAGGUGUCUUUGACAGUGUCUCAAUUCCAAAACUUUACAUUGUGAUACUUUGCUGGCGGUGCCUUCAUUUUUGUUGUUUAUGUUUUUUCUUUUCAGACGCUGCCUACAGAUGUUGGCCGCCGGACUUUUCCUGCCAGGCUCAGUGGGCAUCACUGACCCCUGUGAGAGUGGAAACUUCCGGGUGCACACCGUUAUGACCCUUGAGCAGCAGGUAAUAACUUUGCUUUAGCUGCCUUCAUGGUGCAGGGGUGGGGAACCUUGGUCCUGGUGACAGGGUUUGCUCCAGUCCAGCACUAAAACACCCAAUUCUUAGUUUCCGUGAUCAUAUGUGUUUGAAAAAGUGUCUGUUUUUUGUAGGACAUGGUGUGUUUCACUGCUCAGACGUUGGUGAGGGUCCUCUCUCAUGGAGGGUACAGGAAGAUACUGGGGCUGGAGGGUGAUGCCAACUGUGAGUACCUCCUCUUUUCCUCCUCGCUCCCUCACCCUUUUUCUCAAAGUAAACAUUAAACAAAUCUACCUCACCCUCCCAGACCUGGCUUCGGAAAUGUCCACCUGGGACGGCGUGAUCGUCACACCCUCUGAGAAAGCCUAUGAGAAGCCGCCAGAGAGGAAGGAAGAGGAGGAUGAGGCGCUGGAGGAAGGAGGAGAUGUAGAGGAUGAAAGCAUGGAGACACAGGAGUGAGGAAGCCCCGGAAAGUGAUGCUCCACCAGUGAGCUGCCAGGUACCAGCAGCCAGUCAGAAAACCAGGCUCAUUACCAGGCUAGCUAGCUGCCUAGCAUGUGGUUACAUCUCCUACAGUAGCUUUGUUAGCCCAUUAGCUAAUGUUAGCUAGAAAUGUAACGUUCUAUAAAUUAGCCUACUUUGCCUAGUUGCUAGUAGCAAACCCCAUUCAUGUAUUUGAGUUAACAAAAUCAACAUUACUUUUUUGUUUAUGGAAUUAAAUAAUUGUAAUGCCAAGUCAUAACAAAGUAAGCUAUGUAGCCAACUAGCAGUGCAGCCACACAUCAACAACUCACCAGCAAGAGAGACUAGCUGGCGAUAGGAGCGCAUUGCACCAUAGUGCAUAGCGCAAUCUACUGUAUCAGAGUGUUAUAGGUGAGAAUUCUGCGAAAACAGCUCCACUUUACACAGAGUAUAAUAUGAGGGUUUGCGAAGGACAUUCUUUUGUCUUUGAGAACCACCAGAAGUUCGACUUAGAUUCUAGCGAUUCUAACCCUGUGUGCUCAGUGAAGGUGGCGCCAGAUAUCCUCUCUAGUAAGACAGAAAGGUCAAGUGUCAAUUGGUUAAUGGAAGACGGCAGCACCAUUAGCAUUGCAAGUGACAAAUGGUGGUGUUAGUGGGAUCCAAUUCACUCUUUUACUCAUACAAUGUGAUCUGAGGCUUAACAAGUUUGUAUUUCCCCCUUCUUGUCGCCAUCCAGAUGAUCCUGUGCCACGUCUUUUAGAUGAUCGUUACCCCUGACCCUUUUGGAGACCCUUCACUCGCCCCUUUGUCCUUCAAUGAAGUUCAUGUCCACUAAUCAUGAAUUGACUGCAUCGACCUGGACCAAAGUGCACCAACUGGACGGACAGACUCACAUAUAGACUGUUACUGAUCCCUCAACAAAAAUGAAAUUCAUGGUCUUCUCAAAAGGGGCGGGUGUCACUAUCAAUUUGUAUUCUGUGUCUUUGUGUGGUUUUUUACUUUGUAGCAGCAAUGAUGACUAAAUUAAACAACUUUUUUAUUCGAA